UUGGACAACAGCAGCGCAACGACGGAGCAAACUCGGACAGGUUCCUCACUCCACUGAUUGUACCUCGUUCGACCUAUAAAUUGAUGCCGACAAUAUGCGAGCACGCCAGUAAGCACCAGUGCAGUUGUGAUACUGAACACGUACAGCGUACAUCAGUCACGGCGAUGUCUGUUGCACCGGCUGUGUUCACAGCGUUGGCUUUGGCCCUAUUCUGCACCUCCUUCGAUGCGGUUCGAGCUGCUUGCAUCCUUGAACGUAGCGUGACGACGUCCCCCAGCGAACAUGACGCCUAUAGUUGCGUACGUAGCCAGGACUUCCAGACAGAUCUCGACAGGUUGCCUGUUAACGUCACCAAACUUGUGAACGUUUCGUUCCGAGAUAGCAAAGUACCGAAGAUUGAAAAGGAUUCUUUUCAAAAGCUUGGAACCAAAGCUCUCGGUAUCAGCAUUGUACACUGUGGACUCGAAACUGUGCACGAGGAAGCUUUCAAAGGGCUUACGGAAGUGAAGGCGCUCAUACUACGUCGGAAUCAGCUGACUGAGGUAAAAAAGUCCUGGUUCACGGAUCUUGCAAAAUUAGAGAGCCUUGACUUCAGUGGUAACAAAAUUCGCGAAUUUGACACUACCAUCUUCGAUCAAAUCCCACUUAUUGUGGAGUUCGAGAUUUCCGAAAACCUACUCACCAAAUUCGACGUGGAGGCUAUGAAAGCCAAAUGGCCGAAGCUUAAAAAAGUUGGUCUUCAAUGGAACCCCUACGACUGGAGUGACGGAGUCAAAGUCAUCGAUUAUGCUAAUGCUUAUCCGAGCAUUGUCAAAAAUUCCUAUUCGUCGAUAGAUGGAAUUCGUGAGACCAUUAAAUUGGUCAAAGAGUGCCAAGGUAGUAUUGUGAAGAAGGACGACCCAACUGAACUGGAUGAUUGCGUGCAGACUAAAUUAACUAAAUCCAUCGAAUAUCCGAAAAUGCUAGAAGGCGAGAAGCCUACUGAUCCAGUUUCUACGUAACGUCCAAUUACUCCACAUUUAACGGUUAUUGUACACUAGAUAUUUCGACAAGUGCUUUGACACCUAUAAUAUAAUUUAGGUAAUGAAGAUGUGUAUUGGAUUUGAAUAAAGACGAAUAAAGUUGCUUCAAUUUUAUUUUUAAGUAAUUGA